CAUCACCCGAGUCUCUAAAUUUCCUGCUUGUAUAUAAACUCUCAACCCCAAAACUCUUUCACCACAAAACCCCCAAAAUCUUAUAAGCCUCUCUUCUCUCUUCUUCUCACUCAAGUUUAAUAAAAUACAAUUUGCAAACAUGGUUUCGUCAUCAACAUCAACAUCUCUCAUAAUCUCUCCAAGAAAGCUCAGAUCAGAUUUGUAUUCUUAUUCAUACCAAGAAGAUUCAACUACCCCUCUGGUGGUUAAUGUUCUUGCUUCUCUGAUUGAGAGAAGCAUGGCCAGGAACCAGAGGAUUGCCAAGAGUUGCAGCAGCCCUUGGUACAUGUCCAAGGACAUGAAGAAGACUCGGAUUUUUGAGUGCCAUGAGACCCCGGACAUGACAAUCCAAUCCUAUCUGGAGAGGAUUUUCAGGUACACCAGAGCUGGACCUUCUGUGUAUGUGGUUGCAUAUGUUUAUAUUGAUCGGUUUUGCCAGAACAAUCCUGGGUUUAAGAUCAAUGUCACAAAUGUUCAUAGGCUUCUCAUCACAACUAUAAUGGUGGCUUCUAAGUAUGUUGAAGACAUGAAUUACAGAAAUUCUUACUUUGCAAGAGUUGGGGGAUUGACAACCAAUGAAUUGAACAAGUUGGAGCUUGAGUUUUUGUUCUUGAUGGGGUUCAAAUUGCACGUCAAUGUGAGUGUGUUUGAGAGCUACUGUUGUCACUUGGAAAGAGAAGUUAGUAUUGGGGGAGGCUACCACAUAGAGAGCACAUUGAGAUGUGCAGAAGAAAUCAAAACCAGGCAAAAUGAAGAGAGAAGAUAUAACCAGUUUGCUGGUCUUUUGUUAUAAAUCAAACGAAACAAUUUCCAAUUCUUUUCUUUCCUCUUUGUGGGAUUUUAGUCCACCAAUUCUUUUGUACAUAUUUCUGUAUAAUCUGUGAGAGAUGUAAUUUUGGGGGGUUUACUUAGGGAAGCCAAUACAGAGUGAUGUGUAAAACUGUUGUAUCUUUUUUAGUAAGAAAAGUAUGAUUUUCCAAAUUGGCCUAA